AUGCCGCCGCCGCGGGUGGGCGUGCGCCGCAAGACGUCCUCGCCAGAACGGACCCAGCACCUGUCGUACUUUGACCGAUACCCGCAGAACCGGGCGGCUUCUUCCUCCACACUCUCCCCGAAUUUAUCCCACCGCUCGGCCGCGACCUCCCCGCGGUCGUCGUACGCGGGCGGGGACGAAGAGUCUGAGGACGAGGAGGACGGCGACGACGAGCGCUCGCAGUACGCUUUCCCGCUCGUCGACGUCGCGAGCGGGCUCAGCGGCGAGGCCACGCCCAAAGCACGGACGCGCAACGACCGAAUAUCCGUCUCGUCUUCUCUUUCCCAAGUCGAGACGCCGCCGCAGACGCCGAUCGACUUCUCGGUUCCAAGACAACUUGUCGUGAAUCUGACAGAUGUGGGAGAAAUGGACGCCAUGGUCGACGGCCUGAACGGCUUUGACCACGACUCGGACCUCUUCUCUUCGGCUUCCAGUGCCAGAUCGCCCAGGAAGGAUCGCUUCCAUCCCCUCUACGCGCCGCCGCUGCCGACGCCGCCGCCGGGCAUCAAACUCGGCGGCGCAAUGCCGCGGCCAAAGAAGGAAAAGCCACUGCCCCGUUCGCCGUCCAUCGCAUCCCUGCGCCCGCCCAGCGCGCGGAGCGCCGGUGCAUCCACUUCGACGCUGACACUCGACGGCCCGCCCUCGCCCGCGCCGUCGUCCUACGUGCCUCCCAGCCCCACUGCGCCGCCCUCCCGCCGCAACUCGCGCUCCAUGGCCCCCUCUAUCUCAGACAUCAUCCGCGCACACGCACCACCUGAGCAGCAGGUCCGCUCGCGCCAGACCAGCGUCCGCACCUCGUUCCACGGCCAUGCCGUACCAGAAGAAUCCGAACCAGAGCCUGUGCCAGACACAGAAGGCGACAUGCUCACGCGUUCGUCCGUGGACAGUAUUGCAGAUGAAGUGGCACGAACUCUACGCGUCCAGUCCACUUCGCCUGCUCAUGCUGUCGCGCCUGCACCUCCACAACCUGGACCGUACCUCCGGUCUACUGCACCGUCACGUUACUCGGUUGCGAGCGAGAACGCUGCUUACGGAUACGGCGCACAGUCGCUCGACGGCGCAUCAACUUCCAACCUCACUCGGAUGUCAUUCUACAGCUCCCCCGCAGCCGUCAACCGACCCGAGCGAGAGGAGCCGCCACCCAUUACUCUACCGCCGCCGCCCAAGCCGACACAAGAGCAAAGCAUUGCACAGUACCUCAAGUCACCCAGACUCACGACACUGCUCAAGCUUACCCGCGCACCCCAUGCCGGCCCGGACCAGCCUCUCACAGUCAGCCUGUGCGAUCUGGGAGCACCGAGGGGCGUGCCCUUACUCGUGUUCCUCGGAUUGGGAACCGUGCGUUAUAUGCUCGGCCUGUACGACGAGAUGGCAGAGUGCCUUGGGAUCCGGCUUAUUGCUAUCGAUCGCUGGGGUAUGGGCCGCACGGAUGCGAAGCACAAGGGCGCAAGAGGAAUACCAGAGUGGGCAGGAGCUGUGGAAGAGGUGCUGGAUAAGUUGGGUAUUGAGCAGACUGCUGUCAUGGCGCACAGUGCGGGUGCUCCGUACGCACUCAGUUUUGCUGCCCGCGCACCACGACGUGUCCGCGGCGACGUCUGUCUAUUGGCACCUUGGGUAGGCGGCGUCGAAGCUUCUGGAUACAAGUGGCUCAAAUACGUCCCAAAUGGCCUUCUCAAAGCCGCUCAGGGCGCAGAGUGGAAGAUCCAAGCAUGGAUGCUCGGCAAGCCUCCAACGAUCCAGUACAAAGGCAUCGGCUACUCAAUGCCCACUUCGGCGGCGGCUACAUCCGCACCGCAUUCUUCGCCUUCGUUAUCGUCCACUUCUACCUCCAUGUCAAGUCGUAAGCGUGGCACGAAAGACAAGGACUCGCGACCUGGGACGGCUCAACUGGCGAACUCGCCUAUCACACCAACACAAGCCCGUCCCUCCACCGCUUCCUCGCCCAAGAAUAAGAGGAGCGGCAGUGCGGAUGGACGACCGAGCACGUCGAGCGUCUUCAGUGACUACGAUGAUUUACGAGAUUUCGAUGGGCGCUUCGACUCGCGGUCUACGCUUGGCCGACCAUCGACGUCGUCGAAUCCUCGCGUUCGCGCCUCGUCCGAAAUCAGGCGCCCUGCUAUCCCACGCAAGCCUUCACGCGGAUUUUUGGGGAUCGGCGGCAUGCUGUCCAAGAACUCCCAUUCACCCACGAGCUAUGCGCCACCGAGUCAAGGGCAAAGCGCUGCUACUGCGCCGAGCUCACCCGUAGUACCUCCUCCGCGGCGACCUGCUCUAAAAGCUCUUAGGAGCAUGGGUAGCUUGAGAGGGCGGUCAGGCAGAGCCUCGCAGACGCAGAGGGUUGAACCCGAAGUAGAGACGCCGCCUGUACCGCUGAAACUGGACGUCGAUGUCGGGCUCGGGCUUGAUGGUGAUGGGUGGAUGGAUACCGUACGAGCGAAGUACGCUCCCCCUGCUACCUCAUCAUCCUCGAAUUCGCCUGUGCGGUCUGGGAGCAAUGGCUUCGGGCAUGGCGGGACGAGGGAUGGUGGUCGUAGGAGCAUCAGCUUGACGGGUGGUGCGCCGUUGGCGUUGGAAAGGAGUCGCGAGAGGGAUGUCAGAGGGAAGGAGAGAGAACCUGAACCUGCUAGUCCUGGUAUCACCGCCAGUAGCGCGUAUCAGGCCGCCCUCGGUAACGCGCUCAUCGCUGCCAGCCAUGCCGAAGCCCACGCGCGAGGGACACAUGCCGAUCUACUGGCCAUCCUGAACCAUACUGGCGCACCCUGGGGCUUCAGCUACGCUUCGUACCCGCAUGCCGUACGUGUUUGGUAUGGCGAUAGGGACGAGAAGAUUGCCGAGCAUGCUGUGAGAUGGAUGGAGAAGGAGAUGAAGAGCGCCGGGAAGGGUCGAUGCGAGGUUAAGGUGGUCAAGGGCGCGGACCAUGGGUUGAUGUAUAGGAGUAGUGUUGUUAUUGAGGUGCUGGAGCUUGUAAGGGAUGCGUGGGGUGGUGUUGAUGGUGACGCCGACGCUGACUCCACUCGACGGCGUCGAACCAUGACAACACACUAG